AUGUCUCACUACUGGGUCAAAAAGGUCUCCCCCAAAAUCCUCCCUGUCUUUGGCAACUUCCCACCACUCACUCUCAAACCCAUCGACAUAUCAACCCGGCCGACCCCGCCGUCUCUUUCCAUCCUCGAGUUAGCGCAUCUGAUCGAUUCAGGCAGGGAAUUCCACAGUUUGAUGCUUCUAACCUUGAAGGAGUGUGAUUAUAAGUUAGAAGAGUGGAUAGGACAGUUUAAAGAUAGAUUAAAAGAAGACCGCAAGCUGAUAGUAGCCGCGAUCCUCGCCAUCGGCGCCGCUGACCGCUUGGACAACAGAUAUUUGCCUCCCAGAGGAAAUGCUGGCGCUGGAUACAACGGUGCUGCUGGCGGACUAGGACCCAAAGCUGGUGGAUUUGGAGUUGCUUCUACAGGCUUUGGCCAGAGCGGAGCUGGCUUCGGAGGAUCUGGUAGCUUCAGUGGAACCCAACACUCUGGCAACGCCUACAAUGCUCCUGCUCAACAAUACAGCGGAGGCCCAUCCGGAGGUUACGGUGGCCCCUCCGGUGGUUUCGGAGGCAGAUCAAACCCUGCUGAUGCCGGCGCUCAAAUCCUGAGACAGAACAGCGAAGUGACUGCUGAAGGAUUUGCUUAUGAUUUCGAAACAUCCAACGGUAUUCGAGCUGAUGCCCAAGGUGUGGCCACCAAUGGUGUCCAGUCUCAAGGUAGUUUCGCGUACAAGGGUGAUGAUGGCCAAGAUUACUCCAUCACCUAUACCGCUGAUGAAAACGGAUACAGGCCUCAGGGUGCUCAUCUGCCUACUCCUCCUCCGAUUCCUGAAGCUAUUCUCAAGUCUUUGGAGCAGAACGCCCGUGAUGAGGCUGCUGGUAUCGUUGAUGAUGGAACUUACCGCGGUGAAGGCGCUGGUGCUGGCGGCUACUCAGGCAACGCUGGGGGAUACUCGGGUGGCAAUGCUGGUCACUCUGGUGGUUACUCCGCCCCUGCUCCUUCCAACCAAUAUGGUGCUCCUUCUGGAUCCUCUAGUUUCGGUGGAAGGACCUCCAACUUCGGUGGCGCCACUUCCCGCCAGUACCUGACUCCCAACUCCCGUCCAUCUGGUAAUGGCAAUUUCAACACCCAAUCAGGAUACCGUUACUAGGUCUUUUUUAAUGAUAAUGAUUGAAGAAUGUAGAAAAUAAUCUUUUUGUGAGGCUUGUACAGGUGGAACGAGUACAAUGAAGUUUGGAAGUAAUUCAGUUUUUUGUAAGUAAACGUUGUGCUAGUGUGACCUACUGUACUUUUUGUUCUAUCAAUACAUUCAUUCAUUCAUAUUAUUAAAAAUAUAUUAUAAAAAGACGAUUGUUAGCUGUGAACUAAAUGAUGUGAUGAUAAUUGUAAGAACUUGGCAGUCGCACUGCCAUAUCAAUGUAACUGUAAAUGUAUACAUUAACGUAAGCUAAUUUUGGAUUUUUAUUUAGUAUUACAGGUACUAAAUAAAAUGUCGAAGUGUUUAGUUUACUAAAUUUGCCAUGUUUUUCAGUUUUCUAUUAUUUUUUUUACUUUAUAUAAUUACUAUUUUUUUCUUAUUUACUCUGUUUACUACCCUUAUUUGUCAAAUCGAUCUCAAACUUGAAUUUCAAACUAUUCACACAUUUGUCUAUAUGUAUUUAUUUUUCCGUAUUUUUAGUACCUAUAUUUCACAAUAAAAACGUACAGCUAUGUAAAGGACAGUAAAAUUUACUAGAGUUUAAG